GCCGGGCGCCCAUGGCGUUCGCGCUGCUGCGCCCGGUCGGCGCGCACGUGCUGUAUCCGGACGUGCGGCUGCUGAGCGAGGACGAGGAGAACCGCAGCGAGAGCGACGCGUCGGACCAGUCGUUCGGGUGCUGCGAAGGGCUGGAGGCAGCGCGGCGCGGCCCGGGUCCCGGGGGCGGGAGACGGGCAAGCAGCGGCGCGGGCCCGGUAGUGGUGGUGCGGCAGCGACAGGCGGCCAACGCACGAGAGCGGGACCGCACACAGAGCGUGAACACGGCCUUCACCGCCCUGCGCACGCUCAUUCCAACCGAGCCGGUGGACCGAAAGCUGUCCAAGAUCGAGACGCUGCGUCUGGCGUCCAGCUACAUCGCGCACCUGGCCAACGUGCUGCUGCUGGGAGACUCGGCCGACGACGGGCAGCCGUGUUUCCGCGCGGCGGGCGGUGGCAAGAGCGCGGUCCCCGCCGCCGACGGCCGUCAGCCGCGCUCCAUCUGCACCUUCUGUCUCAGCAACCAGCGCAAAGGGGGUAACCGUCGUGACCUUGGAGGCAGCUGCUUGAAAAUGAGGGGUGUAGCCCCCCUCCGAGGGCCUCGGCGAUGAGCCUGGGUCCCUGCAGUGUUUGCUUCAAGAAGGACUCCAGAAAAAGAGGCCAGGAUCCAAUCCCUCAUUGGACAGGGGAGAAGAUUCCAGAAGCCCAAACCACUCCUUUGUGUAGGGACCAGAGGACAAUGGCCUGGACACAGGGCCCAGCCUGGAGAGCCACGAGGACCCAUCUAACCAUCCAGGCCUAGCUGGUCAGGGACAAGGCAGAAAGUUCAGAACACCAAAGACUAUUUUUGGAAGAGUGUGUGUGUGCGCGCGUGAGUGUGUGUCUACGUGUGAAUGUGAUAUAUGAGAGAAUUGGUGGGGUUAA